AUGAAACGGGAGGUUCUCGCGAGAGAAAAAGAGAUCCUAGAAGACCAUCAGAAGACGUCUCGACAACAGAAGGAAAAGCCCGGCGAGUAUGAGUCGUCGCAUGGAGAUCUAGGUGCUUGGCCACCAAAACUUCGAACCGGGGCUAGUGGCGCUCCGCGAGACCGCCUCCUCGAAGCACUCCCGGACCGAAACCCGAGUGGAGGUGGCGUCCAGGGCCCUAGUGUGUCCGAAGGGGAGGAGAGUGGAGGAUGGGCAGGAGAUGUGGAGAGGACCCAGGACUGGUCCCUGCUGCGCCACGGGUACCACCGUCGAAUGCGAAAUUUUUGUCUUUUUCACCGUCGUCACUCGGACACUUCAGGGGUCAAACGACAGUUUAAGAUCUUCCGGGAGACCAAAGAAAAAGAGAUUCAGGAUCUCCUGCGGGCCAAAAGGGACUUGGAGGCCAAACUGCAGCAGCUACAGGCUCAGGGAAUCCAGAUCUAUGACUUAAAUGAUUCUGACUCAGAUGACAACCAAACCACUGUCACAGCUGCAGGGACUCAGUGUGAUUACUGGUCUGGUGGGGUGCUGGGAAGUGAGCCCUCUAUGGGCAGCAUGAUGCAGUUACAGCAGACCUUCAGAGGGCCUGAAUUUGCCCACAGUUUGAUAGAUGUGGAGGGACCCUUUGCUAAUGUGGGCAGAGAUGACUGGGACGCUGCCGUGGCCAGUCUGCUUCAGGUGUCCCCUCACGUGCCCCAGGCCUUAUGGAGUAACACCGUGCGCUGCUACCUCAUCUUCACCCAGGAGACCAAACCUGAGCUGGAUGUCUUUAUUAAGAAACACUCACCUGUGUUACGGAAGAUGUGCGAGGGUCUCGGCCAUUUCUACCUGAACGUGUGCUUCCCAGAGGAAAACGCUGCCUCCUACGAUGUGGAGCGAAAGCAGGAGAUUGAAAGGAGCUCUGUGUGUGUGCUUCUAGUCAAAUCUACUGUAACCAGCUCCGUGGUGGAGGAUUGUGAGGAGGCUUUUGUGAAGAAUCCAGACGGCCAUCCACUGGUGCUCUACCUCAGGACUGAAGAAGACCACACUCUGACCGGACCCACCAGACAACUGCUAGAGAGAAUCAACGCUGCAGACAAGGCGGCUAAAGUCAAGGUGGUGGAUCACAGUGGCUCUGCAGAGGAGGGGGCUGACCUCAUUUAUUCUCAACUGGAGAAAGUCAUCAAACAGGAGCUGCUGUGUCUUGAAGGAGCAGAUGUUGACUCUAAGGACUCUGGGAUAGAUGAGGGGCGUGAGGAGGACUCGGGAGACGUGCUGUGGGACCUGCAUGACGAGCAGGAGCAGAUUGAGUCCUACCAGCAGGCCUGCAGCAGCACCUCCUCCCAGCUGGGCUUCCAGAAGGUGGGGUUGUGGCCCACUCUACACCUGGACCCUCUGAGUCCCAGAGAGGUGAGGAGCGUUGUGAAUGCAGAGUGCCAGAGCAUGGAACUCAAACUAACCAAGGACCAGGAGAAGAAGCUGGAGAGGCACUGCCGCUCUGCCUCCACCUGCAACGCAUUGUAUGUCACACUGCUGGCAAGAAUGAUCAUCAGCAGUAUAUCCGGUUGCCCUCUGGAGAAGAGCCUGGAGCAGUGUCUGCAGUGUCAGGACACCAUGUCUCUGUACCGCCUGGCUCUCAAGAUGACGCUGAACUCCCUCAACACAGACAGGGAGCGACACAUCAUGAGAGAGAUCCUAUGCCUCGUCUGUUCUAGCCAUAAUGGAGUGAGUGAGUCCGAGGUGUUAGAUCUUUUCACAGAGCUGGAGCUGCCGGUCCUGUCCUCUCUGCUGUACCGCCUGAACAGACUCUGCAUCGUGACCCUGCGCUGCGGCCUCAUCAGGUUUCAACACCUGCAGGCUUGGGAAGCUGUAAGGUUGGAGUUCCUGGGAGGAGGAAGUAGCUCGGCUGCUUACAGAGAGAAACUCAUUCAGUACUUCAGUCAGCAGCUCAGCCCGGACCGUGUGACGUGGCGUGUUGCAGACGAGCUGCCCUGGCUGCUCCAACAGCAGGACGAUCGGACCAAACUACAGCUCAGCCUCCUCAACCUGUUUGUCUCCCAGAACCUGUACAAGAGGGGUCAUUUCUCCGAGCUGCUAGCCUAUUGGCAGUAUGUGGGCAAAGACAAGAGCUCCAUGGCCACGGAGUACUUUGACUCCCUGAAACAAUAUGAGAAGAGCUGUGAGAAUGAAGACAGCAUGACCAAGCUGGCCAACCUGUACGAGACUUUGGGACGUUUCCUCAAAGACCUCGGUCUCCCCAGUCAGGCUGUAGCACCUUUACAAAGGUCCCUGGAGAUCAGGGAGACGGCCUUGGACCCGGACCACCCCAGCGUGGCUCGCUCGCUGCACCAGCUGGCCGCGGUUUACGUUCAGUGGAAGAAGUACGGCAACGCUGAGCAGCUGUACAAGCAGGCGCUGGAGAUCAGUGAGAACGCCUACGGAGCCGAGCACGCCAGCGUAGCACGAGAGCUGGAGUCCCUCGCCAUGCUCUACCAGAAACAGAACAAGUACGAACAAGCAGAGAAACUGAGGAAGAGGUCAGUAAAGAUCCGCCAGAAGACUGCUCGCCAGAAAGGCCAUAUGUACGGCUUCACUCUGCUGAGGCGCAGAGCUCUGCAGCUGGAGGAGCUCACUCUGGGAACAGACUCUGCAGACUCUGCCAAGACACUCAAUGAACUGGGUGUUCUGUACUACCUCCAAAACAACCUGGAUGCUGCUAAGCUGUUCCUGACCCGCUCUCUGGAGACCCGUCAGCGCGUCCUCGGUCCGGACCACCCUGACUGCGCUCAGUCCCUCAACAACCUGGCCGCUCUGCACACGGAGAGGCGGGAGUACGAGACGGCCGAGGACAUGUAUGAGAGAGCGCUGGACAUCCGGAAGAGGGCUUUAUCCCCGGACCACCCGUCGCUGGCAUACACUCUCAAACACCUGGCCAUGCUCUACAAACGCAGAGGGAAGCUGGAGAAGGCCGUGCCGCUGUAUGAGCUGUCUCUGGACAUCAGGGAAAAGAGUUUUGGGCCCAAACAUCCCAGUGUGGCCACAGCACUGGUCAACCUGGCUGUGAUCUACUGCCAACUGGUGAGGAGGAUUUCAUUUAGCCUGUACCACAUAUUACUGACUUUCAUAAUUCUUCAGGACUUUUCACACUCGUUAUUUGAAUGACUGAGUAUGUGAAGCUUUAUUUUAA